AUGGCAAAUACACUUCGAAAUAGCAGCUCCGCCGCAGCUCGGUCGCAGCCCAGCAGGCUCCAGCGGCGGAGACCAGCGUCCUUGCAGAUCAGUCCAGCUUCUUCUUCUUCUUCUUCUUCUUCUUCCUGUUGGAAAGUUGCGAUUCCUCUCUUGUCUCCGCUUAUUACUUCGCCUACCGCGAUGGACAUGAAGUCUCGGGAGGAUCCGCAACCACCGCCGAGGAGUCAGGGAACGGAGGGGGAGAAGCCAGUGGUGUUCACGAAGUGGCAGCACCCCGCGGCUCCUUUAUGUUACGAGCCGGCUAAGUUUAAGCCCUCAUUUUCUGUGCCUGUAUAG